GCUCGCGCCCGGCGUCGGACACGUGCAGCUACAGUUUCUCCCACCAACCUCAGCGUCUGUUGAGAAUGCAACGUUUCAAUGCACGAGACUCGGUAUCAACUGUCUGGUUUAACUCCGAAAUGGAAACCCGUUAGGUUUGAAAUGGAAGGGGAAAUGGAGGCAUGAAAUGAAGCAUCCUGAGAGGGUUGUUGUUCUUGUUGUUGUUUUCAAAGGGGGGUUGUUGUGGAGGUUAUUUGAGGGUCUGGUUUGGGAAAGCACACGCUUCUUUCUGUUCGCUUCCGCGAUUGUGACACACUGAGAUCUCCAAGAGGCAAAGGGGUUUCUGCCGGGCCUGUAGCUCAUGCGAUGAAGGUGUUAAAAAGAAAAAAAACCAAAAGGGGAAUGGAAAGUAUCGCAGGCCAGAAAAGGGGUUUCCAUCCUGUCGUUUCUCAAUUCUCGACACAUGGAUACCGUGUCACCCAGAUACCACUUUCACGCUGCAUGCAGGGGAACCACACUAACCACGCGCUUGGUUGGGCUUUUUUUUCUUCUUUCUCUGCUCCGAGAGCCUUCCUGUCAGUCAUCUGCCAUCGCCCGGAACAGAGACAAACCCUUUUUUUUCAGCGCAACCCGAGUCCAAAGACAUGGACGCAGCGUAUCGGCCGCUUUGUCCGUGAGCGGCAGCACGGAUGCCCAGCAGGGCGUCAAACGGAAUAGAAACCGGUGCUUCGCAGCAGGUCCCCGAGCAGCUUCGCUCACAGCUGCAUCUCUCGAAUCGGCUCAGGAUGAGGAGGAGGAGGAGGCAGUGACCCGCAGGUCAACCCGGACGUCCCCGGAAACAAGGGGGAGACUGAGCGACGCCACAAAUGGAGGGGGGCCGGAGAAGGCCUCUGCUGCCGCUGCUGCUGCUUCAUCAUCUCCUCCUCGCUGCGCCUCAAGAAGGGGCGCCCAGCUGUACCGACAGCCGGGAUAAAAGACUCACCUGCACCAGCGACUACAACCGCACCAUCACCUGCGCGUGGAGCGGCACGGACGAGUCCGACCGCGCGGACGCCCCGUGCGCACUGCGCGCCGCGCUGGUGAAUUCCAGAAAUCAGUUCAGCGCCUCCUGUGACCUGGAGCCCGUCAACGUCUCCGUCCCAGCGCUGCAGAAGUGCUCCAUGGUCUUCCAGCAAGACUUUAUCUUCAAAUCCCGAAAUAAUCUGUCAAUAAGCCGGAGCUGUAAACCCGCCAAGCCGAUUCUGAAAAUUUACUUCAGGCCAGCUUGCCACAUAAAGCUGAAUCCUCCGGGGAAACCCGCCAUCAACGACACCACCGCUUCCUGGAGGCCCCAGGUGAAAGAGCAUAAGGGGAUAAAAAAAUACACCUGCCAGCUGCAGUGGAGAAGCUGGGAUCAGUCAUGGAGUGAUCCGUCUGUGCAGGAAAAGCAGACCACGACCAGAACGUGUGGGGUGAACUGCAACGCACAGCUGGACUCAAAUCUGCUCGUACCAGGCGAGAGGCACGAGGCACGCGUCCGGGUGCAUGCCGAAGAACGGUGGGGAGAGUCCACGUGGAGUGACUGGAGCCCCACUGCAUCAUGGGUGUCAGCUGUAGCGCCGAUCACCGAACCACCACCACCACAACCACUCUCAGAUUUUGCUGGAGGUCAACUGGGCAUGAUCGUCGCAGGCGCAGGGUUGGCCCUGAGUCUGGCUUUCAUUGGGCUCUUUAGGAAUAUCAAAACCAACUGGGCCUACGAGAAGAUCAGACGUCCGGACCCAGGGAAAUCCUUCCUUAAGGAUGUCAAUUUCCAGAACUGGUUGAGCCCCUACUACACAAGCGAAUCCUUUCGCUCCUCCUUGACACUGGAGAAUGUUGUCUCCGUAGAGGUCAUCUCCAAGGUGGAUGCCUUCAUACUCGGCGGCAAAGAGGCGGCUCUGCCGGAGAAGAUGAGCAGCGACAGCAGCUUCGAGUCGACCAGCUCCAGUUUCUCCAACCCCAGUUACUCCCAGCUGUGUCCUCAUCAUCCUCCUCCUGUCCCCCUGCCCACCACGGGGAAUCCGACACCCCGCGCCAAUGACACACCCCAGGGCCCGGUUUGUCGUCAAUGCGAAGGAAGGAAUGCAGUAGAGGGUAGGGACGAAGAAAGACUUAAAGAACUGGAGAUCCUACAGUUGCUUUCCAAAGGCCGCGACAACAGUGAGCCGGUGCAGGUGAUCUCAGACUAUGAGAAGGUGGAGAAGCUCCAGGUCGAGGUGCUCCUCAGGCUCCAGAAUGAGGAUUCGGGUAUGUGCAUUGGUGAAGAGGUCAGUCAACAGAGUCUGGAGGCAGAUAGCAUCAGUGCAGACGGUAGCCAUGACGAGGGGGCAGAGUGCAAAGACGAGGAGAAAGAGGGAGGGAAGGAAAACAAGGUCAAUUUUCUGAUGCUGUUUGGAGGCAGUGGAAGUGUUUUUGGCAAAGGUUCCAUUCAGGUUUGUUCUGAUUACGAGCAAGUCCAGAGGCUGCAGCCUGGCAACCCGGAGCUCCCAAGCCUGGAUUCGGGGGUUAGCAGUGGGGGCGAGGAGCAGGUGAGCCACGAGGAGAGCCUGGAAGACGUGGAGAGGUCCGCCGAAUCCACAAGCUUCAUGUUCCCUCCUCCUCCUUUUCCUCCGUCCUGUGCUUUUCCACGCUCCGCGACGUCUUUCCCACAACCACAACCCACAAAGUUCUCCGAGACGGGUUUGAGUCCGGCUCCGCUCCCUCCGAGUCCAAGUUCUACGGUGGGGGGGAUCGCUCUGAUGGCAGUGUCCAGGUCAAUGGAACCCUCUGGGGAUGGAUACAUGCCAGCGAGACAGGAAGCGAGAUAGAGACCUCUUCAUCUACGUUACAUGCAAAACAUGAAGCACGUGUAUUUAACUCCUGUUCGUUAGUUGUAACAUCAUAUCACACAUUUAUUUAGUGUGCAAUGUCUCUGAGGGAAGGGAUGACUUUAAUGCUUAGCUAAUUUUCAUUCUUUUAUGAUAUUAUUUAUAUCUUAUUGACAUUAUAUCGUAUAUAUAAAUGUAACUGAUUUAUAUUGGUAUGACAUCAAUAUUUAAUGUACUGACUGCAGAUGUCAAAGUUAUUGGCUUCAGUUAAAAUCUUUAUUCAGACCUACCCUGGUUACUUGUUUUGUUUUUUAAUAAAAGAUAAAUAUUUAUAAAGGGAAA